AUGAAAGUAUUAAAGUUUCCAUGGUUGACACAUAAGGAAGAAUCCCGACAUUAUGAGAUAUAUACAGUUGACGUGAGCCCUGAUGGGAAGAGUAUAGCGACAGGUGGUCUUGAUGGCAAGGUCAUUAUAUGGUCUGUUGAUUCUAUACGAAAAGUCAUUGAGGCCAUGCAAAAGGAUCCGAAGUUAACUUCUAACGAUAUUGACCCCGAAUGGAAAAGACCAUUGGCCAGUAUGAAUAGACAUACGGGUUCUGUCACAUGCGUAAAGUUCUCACCUGAUGGGAAAUACCUAGCAAGUGGAUCUGACGAUAGAAUAUUAUUAAUAUGGGCUUUAGAUGAAGAACAAUCAGGACAGCCAAUAUUUGGCUCAGAAUUCGAUAAGGAGCGCUGGACGGUCCGUAAGAGACUGGUGGCUCACGAGAAUGAUAUUCAGGAUAUAUGUUGGGCACCAGAUUCUAGUAUUCUAGUAUCAGUCGGUCUAGAUAGAUCUGUAGUUGUAUGGAGUGGAUCAACAUUUGAAAAAUUAAAAAAGUUAGAUGUUCAUCAGUCACAAGUUAAAGGUGUUGUAUUUGAUCCGGCUAAUAAAUAUUUUGCAACGGCAUCAGACGAUAGAACGUUGAAGAUAUUUAGAUACCACAAGACAGGUGAUGAUUCUUUUACAAUCGAGCACAUUGUGUACGAACCGUUUAGGGAAUCUCCAUUAACAACAUACUUUAGGAGGUUAUCAUGGUCACCAGAUGGCCAACAUAUUGCUGCACCCAAUGCCACGAACGGACCUGUUAGUUCAGUGGCGAUUAUAAAUAGAGGUAACUGGGAUACGAAUAUUGGUUUGAUAGGCCAUGAUGCACCAUCAGAAGUGGCCCAAUUUAGUCCGAGAUUAUAUGAGAGUAAUGACCAGAAGUCUAAUGGUAAAAAAAAUAUUAAUGGAAAUGCUGAUAAUAAUAAUAAUAGUAAUAAGAAAAGGGACAGCGAUGUGUUGGAGGAAAAUGUGGAGUCAAUAGUAGCAACUGCAGGUCAAGACAAGACUUUAGCAGUGUGGAGUACAAGUAAAAUGAGACCGAUAUUUGUAGCUUUUGAUAUUGCUAAUAAGUCUAUUACAGAUCUAGCAUGGAAUCCGACGGGUGAUAUGUUAUUCGUCUCUUCAUUAGACUCAUCACUUACUGUUAUAACAUUCGAAAAAGAUGAACUUGGAAAGGCUAUUCCGAUUGAAGACAACAUGAAACAUUUACAUAGAUAUGGUGUGGAUAAGGAUUCAUUAGAUUUUCCAGAAUCAGUCAAACAAUUGAAAUUGGAAAAUACAGCACUGACUUUAAAAAAGAAAAGAUUACAAGAACUAGAUACCAGAUUUUCUGGACCUCAAUUAUCUACUCCAUCAAAACCUAAAAAAAAGGAAACUACAAUAGGGAAAUCUGUCUCAACCUCAAUGGAACCUAAAAGGCUAUCCAUUGAUCCAACCAAGAGGGAAGGUUCAGUAAAUAUUCUUAUUCCCAAAAGGAAACAGGAUACAAAAUUAAAUACCACGGUUAUUAAAAAUGGGAAAAAACGUGUAAUGCCUACUCUCAUAUCAAGUUCAGGCAGUACCUCGACAUCCUCUAGUUCAAACAAUAAUUUGGUAAAUACAACCCAAAGUUCAAGGAAAUCAAUAUCAUCACUAUCUAUUACGGGUAGUAAACCUUUGAAUUCAAACAACAAGAAUAAUUCAGAUUUAUUACCUUCGGCGUUAAUGAAGAAAAUUGGAACUUCCUCAGUUGCUAUACCUAGACUUGGUCUACAUACUUUAGUAAUGGGUGUUCGUGAGAGAUCACGGAAUAGAUUUGUUGCCGGAGAUGGUGAUAAUGAAAAUAAUGGUUCUGACAAAGAGGAUACUAAUAUGGAUAAUACAAAGUAUGAUGAUACAGCGACCGAAAAUAAUGCUACAGAAUUCUUAAUGACACUAAAUGCAAAACUAACACCUGACAAAGUAUGGAGUGAUGAACCAUCUACUAGAUAUAUUGAAUCAUCAAGUAUUGUACCAGAUACAGACACAGUACUCCGAGAAUGUGGUGACAUGUCCGAAUUCCAUACAUUAGAAAUCCAUAACGGUGUAGAGAGAUCAAUUCAGUUCGAUACUGAGGCACUCUUGGAGAAUCCAACAAGAGUUCUUGGUUACUCGAAGGGUCAACGUACUAUAGAGAUGUUUAUCCCAGAAGUUAUUCUAUGUGCCCUAGGAAUACCAAAAUGUAAAUGUUGGUGUCUUGCUACGGCGAAUGGGUCACUCAUUAUUAUCUCAUGUAGUGGCCAAUUGAAAACUCCAAAGAUACAAAUGGGUCACAAAAUUGUAAAACUUACAAGUCAGGACAAUUAUCUAAUUGCCUUCACAGAAAGAGGUCUAUUCUUCGUGUGGGACCUAAAAAAUAUGAAAACGGUCUAUCGAAACAUUCCUGUUUUACCAAUUCUUAACAACAAACCUAUCCAAGGUCAUCGUGUGCGUGUCAACACCUGUGUUAGGAGUUGUACAAUUGACCCAACAGAUCAGUCAUUAGUGGUAGAAAUGGCUUCGCCUGAUGACACCUAUUCCUAUAGGUGGACGAAGUCACUUGGAUGUUGGAGUGAAGAUAUACCAACAACCUCUAAGGAGACCAAAUCAGUGUAA